AUGUUGCGCGGGGUUGCCAAGUCGAGUCGACCUCUGGCAACGCCAGGAAACAACAGGAAAUUUGUCGCCAUGUCUACACUAUUACGAGGUCGCUCAAAUUCCGACUUGCUUUCCCCAUCAGCCUACGAUGACGAUGUUGCCUCUCCGCGGUCGCUCUCCGACCAAGAAUCCGACUCCGAGGAUGAUGAGUUCCUACGCGCGAAACGAUCGACGUUAGAGCUCGCCCGCCAUGACAAGACAGUGCUGGAGGAGGAGGAAGAAAUGGAGAAGCUGUUGGUCAGGAGUAGUCCGGCUGAUGGGAUACGGAGGAUUUUCAGUCCUACAGUCGGCCCUGUCCGCAUAGGCAAAAGAGACAGGAGUCGGCGGCGGGAAAGAAAGGCGAGCAUACAGGGGAAACCACACCAGGAGGGCGAUCUUAUGUUUGAAAUGGAAGAAGGAUUCCAGGAUCGAUCAGAUGACGACAGCAUCGAUUCGUUAGACUUGGAUGAGAAAGAAGUGGAUGACUGGCAAUCUCGACGGUCUACCAAGAGCAAAUGUGUGCGACUGACACUUAUUUUCUCUGCUAUAACGGUUCUCUUUUUUAUCCUUCUUUUGGGUGCCUACAAGGUAUCUAGCGAUACCCGAACGUCCAAGCCCGCCACCACUCUUCUCUCCAACGGGACAGCCCUCUUCGGACCGACCACGAUAAUUGUCUCUCUGGAUGGAUUUCGGGCAGAUUUUCUCAACAGGGGCCUAACUCCGACGCUGAAUUCUUUUAUUGCCGCGGGGGUGUCCCCAAAAUAUAUGACUCCAAGUUUCCCCAGUGUCACAUUUCCCAACCACUUCACUCUUGUCACCGGGUUGCAUCCCGAGAGCCACGGAAUGGUAGCCAACGAUUUUUACGAUCCUAAUAUGCAUGAGGCUUUCCAAGUCACACCGGAGUCAGUGACCAAUGCGAACUGGUGGACGGCAGAGCCUAUUUGGACAACCGCAGAAAAGAGAGGCGUGCGCACCGCCAUACACAUGUGGCCUGGGUCGGAAGCGCACAUUGGUCAAAUAGAUCCGACAUUUUAUGACAGAUAUAAUGGCUCUGAGCUGCUUUCACGAAAAGUCGACCGACUCAUGGGAUUUCUAGACUUGCCCGGAGAAGAAAGCGAACCUGGAAUUGAAAAGCUUCGCCCUCAAUUUAUAGCUACUUACGUACCGAAUGUCGAUACUGCUGGGCAUAAAUACGGUCCAAACAGCACCGAAAUUCGAGACGUCAUUUCCAAUGCCGACACCAUGCUUGCUGAUAUCCUACACGGACUUGAGGCCCGGAAUCUAACAGAUAUAGUCAACAUUGUGGUCGUCUCGGACCAUGGUAUGGCUACUACCUCUUACAAGCGCACUAUCCAGCUGGAAGACCUGAUCGAUAUCGAUUUGGUUGAACACAUCGACGGUUGGCCGCUUAGGGGCCUACGACCGAAGCGGCCGGAAGACUUGGAAGUUUUGAAAAGCCAGUUAGAUGAAAGGGCAAAGAACUUUUCAGGUGGCAUUGACGUCUACACUCGGGAAACAAUGCCAGAGAGAUAUCACUUUUCGAACAAUGACCGCAUUGCGCCUCUGUGGGUGAUUCCCAAGACUGGCUGGGCUGUUGUUGAGCGUCCGGAUUUUGAUGCGAAAGAGGCUAUGGAGAAGGAAAUAGUCUACAAUCCCCGAGGAAUUCACGGCUAUGAUAACGAGCAUCCGCUAAUGCGAGCAAUUUUUGUGGCCCGUGGCCCUGCGUUCCCCCACCCCCCCAAUAGUCGGGUGGAUGUCUUCCAAAACAUUGAGGUCUACAACUUGGUCUGCGAAUCAAUUGGCCUAGAACCGCUACCCAACAAUGGAACGCUCCAUCUUCCGCUAGAGGUGGUCGGUCUCCACAGUGAUGAGGACGCUCCGGAAUUAGAGAGCCCCGAAGACCCUCCUAAAACAACGACAGGCCCAGAAUUGCCUGUAUCCACGGCUGUCCCACCACCAACUGUACCUUUCGAAACACCAACGCCCGAAGUCCCUGAACCCGAACCUAAACCAGAACCAGACACGGGUGCAGACGAUGGAGAUAAUACGAACGAUGGCAAUGGUGAAGAAGAUGGCGCUAAACCAUUAGACCAAUCGUUCUAUGAUGAAGUCAAAGAAACCUUGAACUCCAUCAAGGACUGGUUUGGCCAGUUGUGGGGUGCCAAAGAAGACAAUAAGCCGCCAGAGUCGUGA